GGUGGGUGUGUGUGUAUGUCUGUGUGUGCGUGGACACGCUGAAGCACCGUGCUGGAUAAAUCGUACGGCGCAGGAAGGAUGCUCAUCUGGUUAUUAGGAGCAGGUGUAUCCAUCCAAGCGGAUGCGCCGCGCACAAAGAGACGGCGGCGCUAACCACCGGAGCGCACCACCUGCUCAUCUGCAGACAUGCUGCUGCGCGCCACACCGGCUCCAAAACGGGAUUUUUCGAACUUCUGUGCGUGUGGCCAGCAGAAGAGAUGAAGCUGCGUCUCCUCGUCCUUCACUGAACUCUGGUCGCGGACGUUAUUUUGUAAGGAUGACCGGCGCACUUUCGUCAGCGCAGUCGCUUUACAUCGGGAUGGAGGUGGUGAUCGCGGUGUCGUCCGUCAUCGGGAACGUGAUGGUGGUUUGGGCGGUGAAGAUUAAUAAAUCGCUGCGCGACACCACCUUCUCCUUCAUUGUGUCUCUGGCUCUGGCGGACAUCGCGGUGGGAGCCCUCGUCAUCCCUUUGGCAAUCACCAUCAGCAUCGGGCUGCAAACGCACUUUUACAGCUGCUUGCUCGUGGCGUGCGCGGUGCUGGUGCUGACGCAAAGUUCCAUCCUGGCUCUUCUGGCUAUUGCAGUUGACCGCUACCUCAGGGUCAAGAUGCCCACCAGGUACAAGCGGAUGGUGACCCCUCGGCGGGCAGGGCUGGUGGUGUUCAUAUGCUGGACAGUUUCAUUCAUUGUGGGUUUUAUACCCAUGUUAGGCUGGAACAACCUGUGGCAUUUCCAACAGAACGGCUCCAUCAGCUCAGACCUCAUCAUUACCUGUCAGUUUGAAAACGUCAUCAGCAUGGAGUACAUGGUCUAUUUCAACUUUUUUGGAUGGGUACUGCCGCCGUUAGUACUCAUGUUGGUGAUCUAUGUGGAGAUCUUCUACAUGAUCCACAAGCAGCUAAACAAGAAGAUUUCCUCCAGCCACAAUGAACCGAACAAGUAUUAUGACAAGGAGCUUAACCUCGCUAAAUCGCUGGCCCUGGUCCUCUUGCUCUUUGCCAUCAGCUGGCUUCCCCUUCACAUCAUUAACUGCAUCACACUUUUCUGCCCUGAGUGCCAGAAACCCAUGUUCAUCCUCUAUAUUGCCAUCCUACUCACCCAUGGCAACUCUGCUGUCAAUCCCAUAGUGUACGCCUUCCGCAUUAAGAAGUUCCGCACAGCCUUUCAUAAAAUCUGGCAGCAGUACUUCUGCUGCAAGGAUGUGCCAGCUCUGGAGAUUCAACCCAGUGACAGGAAAGAGAUGCCCAACCCAGAUUUACUGGAGGCAGCACCACUGCAGCACCCUGAGAAGGAAAUCUCUAAACUGGAUCAGGAACAGCAGCUGUAAACUGUAGUUCGAUCACAGCAGGAUCAAGUCCCUGAACUGACCAAACACCCUACAGAACCUCUACCCUUACAGGAGCAGAGCACAGAAUAAGCUGAGGGACAUUCGUGGACUUUAGCUCACUUCAAACCUGUUACAAUGAGCAACA